AUCGUCUGCGGCGCGGCGAUGGUGAAGGUCCCACAGAUCAAGCGCAUCGCCGCGAAGAAGUCCGCGCGAGGACUCCGCCUCCAGAUGUUCGCGACCGAGAUCCUCGCGGGCACGAUCGGCAUCGCGUACUGCGCGUCCAACGGCGUCGCGCUCGCGGCGUACGCGGAACUGUACUUCAUCCUCGUCCAGAACCUCAUCAUCCUCGCGCUGAUCGGCGUAGCGCGCGCGCCGUUCUUCUUCCUCUCUUACGUCGGCCUCCUCGCGUGCCUGCGCAACCGCGCGAUCCUCCCGGAGCACCUCGCGCUCCUGUACAACUGCACGACCGCGUUGUUGUUCCUCGGCCGCGCGCCGCAGAUCGCGCAGAACGCGCGGACGCGGUCCACCGGGGAGCUCUCCGUUUCGUCGCAAGUCGCGAUGACGUUCGGCGGGUUCGCGCGCGUGUUGACGACGAUCCAGGAGAAGGGCGGCGCGUCGAUGAUUGGCGCGUACGCGCUGAGUUUUGGGACGCAAGCGACGAUGUUGGCGCAGAUGGUGAUGUACCGCGAGAAGAAGAAGAAGACGGAGUGA